UUACAUACUUCUGAGUAUUUAUAUCUCUUUUCUUUUUAUCAAUCCGUUGUUUCGUCUGCUUUACGACAGUUUGUCUUUAUCUUUCGGAGUGUUUCCAUGAUGGUGUGGACAGCCGCGUCGGCGUCGGCGUCGGCGUCGGUGUCGGUAUCGGCGUCGGCGCUAUGAUCUCGGUGGUUAGUUAGUAGACGAACGAAGGCGGUCGAGUACGUUGAGAUCGCAGUAUCGCGUUACGGGUACGCAUUACGAAAAUUGAUCCAAUAUAUUCGCGACGCGAAGGAAGACCUCGGAGUGGAUUGCAACGUGAUAGCAUGAACGCAGGAUGAUCUGCCGAUAUUCAGGGUCAUUGUGGCCGCGUAUCGCUUGAAAAAAAAAAGGUUGGUUUCAAAGAAGAAGCGGAGGAAGAACGGAUCCGUAACUGAGAGGGAAGGUUAGGCUUCCUGGACCAUACGGGAAGUAUAUCCUGAGGAAGCAGAAUGAUCGAUCCGAGCUCGUCGGAGUCGGAAAGCGAGGAGGAUCAAAGUUCGCAGCAUGUCGGGAGUGUUAGCGGCGGCGGAGGUGGCGGAGGUAGUGGUGGAGUUCGUACAGGGAGCGGUAGCUCGUACGGAUCCCGGCGACAGAUCGGACCUGGGGCUAGCCUUGGUGGCGCGAGCGGUCCCGUAUCGGGUAGCGUGAGCUCGUUGGCCUCGCCAGGAGGAUCGAUCCACGGACCGGUCGGGACACCUCGUGCUGGCACGGCUACCAGCCAGGAUGGCACAUUGGAUGCGUCUAGUUACACCACGGCGAGAAGCUCGUUGUCGCCGUCGAUGUCUACCGCCCAGGAUGCGGCAAGUUACGCUCAGAGACCUACCAGCCCUUCGCCCUCCGUCGCCAGCGAGAAAACCGAAGCGGAUCUCCAAGAUAAACAAGAGCGGGAAGAAGAGGAAAGGAAGACCAGGAUACAGUUGUACGUGUUCGUAUCGAGAUGCAUUUCGUAUCCGUUUAACGCCAAACAACCACUGGAUAUGACGAAACGUUCGCUAAAAGUGACCAAGCAGCAACUCGAAACCAUAUGUUCUCGUUUUCAGAGUUUUCUAAAGGGAGAAACGCAGAUAAUGGCGGAUGAAGCGUUCCGCAAUGCCAUACAGAAUUAUUACGACGUAUUUCUGACGUCGGAUCGAGUGCUGCAAAUGGUGCAAAGCGGUGCUUGCUCACAACUCGACUUCCGCGAGGUGUUCAAGGAGAACAUAAAGAUACGUGUUCUACGCUUCCCGGAAAUCGACGGAUUGAGCAAAGAGACUGUACUUACGUCCUGGUUGGCCAAAUUCGAUUGUAUCAUGAAAGGUUCGGGAGACGAGGAGACCAAGAGGCCCUCCAGGAUGCAACAGCAGUCUUUGAUCUCGGAGAUGAUUCUGCCGAAGGAGCAGCUGUACGACAUGUUUCAGCAAAUUCUUGGCAUCAAGAAGUUCGAGCAUCAGCUUCUGUUCAACGCCCUCCUGUUGGACUCAGCCGACGAACAGGCUGCCGCCAUCAGGAGGGAGCUGGAUGGUCGCCUCCAAAGGGUUAACGACAUGGAAAAGAACCGCAAGCUUAUGCCCAAGUUCCUUCUAAAAGAAAUGGAGUCGCUCUACAUCGAGGAACUCAAGUCGUCUAUCAACCUGUUGAUGGCUAAUUUAGAGUCAUUACCGGUCUCGAAAGGUUCGACAGACAGCAAAUACGGCCUGCAGAAGCUGAAGCGCUGCAACCAUCGACGCGAGCGCUCCCGCUGCCGCGGUCAGGGUUCUCUCGUUAAAUUGGAGAGCGACUCCGCUGACUCGGAACCGCAGUUAACCAAAAUGGACGUAGGCCUGACCUUCCAGCUGGCUGUGGUAGUUGUAGAGGUCAGGGGCUUGAAGAGUUUGCCGCCGAACAAGAUAGUUUAUUGCACGAUGGAAGUCGAUCGUGGCAAAAAGCUGCAAACCGACCACGCCGAGGCUUCCAAACCUAUGUGGGACACGCAGGGCGACUUUACCACCAUGCAACCGCUGCCACUGGUCAAGGUUCGACUCUACACUGAAAAUUCGGCGAUGCUCGCGCUCGAGGAUAAGGAGCUAGGCAAGGUACAUCUGCGACCUACACCGUUCUCCUGCAAACAUCCGGAAUGGUAUCGAAUGUCCGUCCCGAAAAACUGUCCCGACCAGGAUCUCCUCAUCAAAGUUGGUUGCCGAAUGGACAAACCCUUCAACAUGAAACACUGCGGCUACCUUUACGCAAUGGGCAAGUCCGUGUGGAAAAAGUGGAAGAAACGAUACCACGUGCUAGUUCAAGUUUCUCAGUACACGUUCGCGAUGUGCUCGUACAAAGAGAGGAGAAGCGAACCCUCGGAGAUGAUGCAGCUAGAUGGUUACACGGUUGACUAUAUCGAACCUGCCUCCGCUAAUCUUAUGGUUGGCAUGGAUCUAGAUGACGGAAGAUUUUAUUUUAAUGCCGUUCGCGAAGGGGACAGCAUAGUGUUCGCUACGGACGACGAGAACGAGUGCCAGACCUGGGUGAUGGUCAUGUACAGGGCGACUGGCCAGUCCCACAAACCCACUCCGCCAGUUUCCGCGGACAAAAAUUCCACCAUCAGUAAGAUACAGGGCGAUGCCGAUCGAGCGAAAAAGCACGGGAUGGAAGAUUACAUUAGCGCGGAUCCUUGCAAGUUCGAUCACCACGUUCUCUUCAAGUUUUUACAAAACUUGAUUCUGGAUUAUCGAUUGAACGAUCCCUACUGUUCCCUUGGCUGGUUUUCACCCGGUCAAUUAUUCGUUCUGGACGAAUAUUGCGCUAGAUACGGAGUACGAGGCUGUUUUCGACACUUGUGCUACUUGAACGAUCUACUGGACAGAAUCGACCGGGGACUCAUGAUCGAUCCAACUCUGAUUCACUUUAGUUUCGCCUUUUGCGCCAGCCACGUCUACGGCAGCCGCACGGACAGAGUCGGUUCCAUCACUCACGAGGAGAAGGAGAAAUUUCAAGAGGUGAAAGAAAGGCUCAGGCAAAUCCUCGAAGAGCAAAUUACUAAUUUUAGAUACAGUUUCCCUUUCGGUCGGCCGGAGGGUGCGUUGAAAGCUACUCUGUCUCUUUUGGAACGUGUAAUGAUGAAGGACGGCGUCAGUUCCGUACCCCCCGAGGAAGUGAAGGCUUUGAUUAAGAGUUGCCUCGAGAAAGCUGCUCUCGUUAAUUAUACGAAACUUUCCGCCGAAGCUAAGAUCGAAGAUGACUUCAGCGGUGAGGUUUGCGCCUCGCCUAGCAAGAAGCUCGAGGAUCUCAUUCAUCUGGCCGAAAUGUGCGUGGAUCUGCUUCAACAAAACGGGGAGCACUAUUCGAAGGUUGUACCGCAGGCGUUCGCCUGGUUUAGCGAUCUUAUGGUGGAGCACGCCGAGAUCUUCUGGUCCUUGUUCGCCGACGACAUGGACAAGGUGCUUGCCGAACAACCGCGCGACACAUGGGACAGCUUCCCGCUCUUCAAAAUCUUGAACGACUACCUGAGGGAAGACGAUAAUUUGAAGAAUGGAAGGUUUCAUCAACAUCUUCGCGAUACUUUCUCUCCGAUGGUGGUGCGUUACGUGGAUUUGAUGGAAACCUCGAUCGCACAAUCGGUUUUAAAAGGUUUCGAGAAGGAACGUUGGGAGAUCAAAGGGAACGGAUGCGCUACGUCCGGCGAAUUGUUCUGGAAACUCGAUGCGCUUCAAUCUUUCAUUCGUGACCUUCAUUGGCCGGACCAAGAAUUUCGACAGCACUUAGAACAGAGAUUAACGUUGAUGGCAUGCGACAUGAUCGAAACUUGCAUGCAACGAACAGAUGCCGCGUUUCAACAGUGGUUGAAGAAAGGUGUAACUUUUAUUUCCACCGAUUACAUCAUACCAUCGGAAAUGUGCGCGAUGGUGAACGUUAUUCUCGAUGCAAAAAACCAAAGCUUCGAAUUGUGCACCAUCGAUGGCGUCGACGUGCACCAAUAUCAUGGCAAUAUAGACGAUUUGAUAGAAAAGAUGUUGGCCUCGAUGACCCAAGGAAUGAUCAACAAGCUGGUGACGGUUCUAGAGACUACCUUAUCCAAACUAUCUCGUUACGACGAGGGAUCUUUCAUAGGUUCCAUUCUCAGUUUAACGAAGGUAUCGGGAAGCGGAAAGGAAAUGGGACAGGCCUAUGUGAGCUUUACGAGAAACUGUAUGGACCAAAUUCGUGGAAAAGUCUUGGACGAAUUAUGGAUUUUAACGUUCUUCGAGCAAUGGUAUACGGCGCAAAUUCAAAUGCUGUGCACAUGGCUUUCGGAAAGACUCGAUCACAGCCUACAUCUCUAUCAGUGUACCUGUUUGGCCCACAUCGUAAAAAAGAUCUACUCGGACUUUGAGCUGCAAGGUGUCAUAGAGGAGAAACUCAACUCGACAACAUAUCAGACUAUAUCUAAGAGGAUGCAAACGGAAGAAGCGACUUGUGCCUUAACGAGCGUUCAGAACGAAGAAGGUCUUUCGGAGAACGGUAACGACGACGAGGUAGAACGACCAAAGCCAAAAGUAACGGUCGUCGAAACGGUCAACAGCGAAGACGCGAAUCUAAUCAGCAACGUUACUUCGAACGUUGUUGAAAAAGUUGGAAGCAUGUUUGGCAAGGGCAUUGGUGGACUUUCGACGAAGUUUGGCGGACCUAGCUGGUUUUGAUCAUUCUUCUUAUUACCUCUACUAGUAUUAUUGCUUAUCUUAAUUUCUCCUUAUGUUUCUUCUUUUUUUCCUCCAUACUUUGCUUAUCUUUUUUAUCAUUAUGAUCGUCAGUACCGUUGUUAUUAUUAUUGGGUAGCAAUUACGACGAUGAUAAUUAACGUCAGUUCGUAUUAUUAAUACUUUUCUUUUUUUACUAUCCUUGUCACUUUAAUUUCGUUAUUACCGUAGCUACUAUUACUUCUAAUAUUCAGGCGGCAACUUUACAUUGAACGAAUAGAUUGUUUUGUCUAUACAUAUGUACAUACAAAACGAGAGUUUCGACGACAAGAUUGUCCAUAGUACACUUUAGAAAUUUGUUCGAACGAAGCGUUCUUCGAAGAAGAAUCGCUAUUCGGUACAAUCGAUCGAAAGGAUAACCCUUAUCGUUAUCGCACAGACGUGUGUGUUUGUGUUAGUUUUCAUGGAUUCUACAGGCUUUUCGACAAAACUUCGUUUUGUUGUUCGAUUACGUUCGGCCGUUCGUCCAAACAGAGUGCGACGUAUCUUUUUUUCGAAUCGUUACCGAUUUGAUACACUUGCUCGAGCGACACCUACUGGCGAACGCGACCGCUGUAAGGUCGAAAGGUCUUCUCCUUUAUCUUUCUCUACCAUCUGUGCAUCGAUAAACGUUUCUUUCGUUUAAAACUUUUAUAGAUAUCACGUUUCUCAUUUAUACAUAUGGUAAACGCGCCGAUCGACUGUGUAUUUAUAUUCUAAACGACCCUAUACAGUUGCUGUUGCUGUUGGACGAGUAUUUGAAAUAGGUGUUCGCAUCGCGAGAGAAACCGAUCUGUAAAUUCACCGAUCGUAUCUAUGUUACAGCUAUUUGUUGCCAUAUUUUCGUCUUUCUUCCUCUUUCUAUCUUCGCUCUUUAUUCUUCGCAUCUGUAUUUCUCUGCAAAUCCCUACUUUAUUCAUACUAAUGCCACUAUCGUCAAAAUGUCUAACGUUGUUUGAUAAUCGUGUUUAUAAUAUACAUAGAUAUUGUUUUCAGAAAAACAAAGAUUUGUCAACGAAAGCUAUAUUAUUUUUGGUACGAAUAAGCGUUCAACGACGCGACAGUUCAAAAGGGCUCAACCUGUGUGUAGUAAUGAUUUAAUAGACGAUCGCGUUUCUUCUCGUAUCAACACGAAAUGAUCGAUAAUUUUAAACGAUUGGUAACAUCGCAUUGACCGUCGAGCUCUUCGAAUAUUUUGACUACCUCAAAUUGUCCGUGUAUAAGUAACCUGGACGUCACGGAAAAUUUCAGCCUACGUAAGAAAUAAGAAACACACCGAAUCGUCGAAGAAACGAACAAACGAACGAAACGAACGAAACGAACGAACGAACGAACGAACGUACGAACAAACAAGGGUAGUGCCAAAAGUAUAACAACAUUUCGAUGUAUCUUCCGAUCGACGUGUACUUUGGCCAUCUCAGUGUGCGUGAAACAAAUACAUACACGUACGUUUAAUCGUUUUGUUCCCAUUCAACGUACAAGGAAAUAGACCAAGGGCUGGCUACGUAAUAAAUUUCAACGUUACUCGACGCGGUCAUUUCCAUUUGAAUAGAUUGGAUUAUCGUUGCUAACGAGGUUAAUAAUGAGCACGGCGCAUACAGUGUGCGCAUACUGCGAAUCACUGCGUCGUCCCAGCGAUUCAUUUAUACGAUCGAAGCUGUAAGACUAAAGUUUAUAUUUAAUUUUUCUAGUUUCUUGUUCGGUCGAUGCUUUUAAAACAGCUAAUUUUCUUUUAAUCGCUUCUUCUUUACGCGAUGUAAGAUUGAGUUGAACAACUGACACGAGAUCUUGGAAUCCAAUGUUCGAACAAAACGAAAGCGGUAAUCGAUUAGCCGCUAUCGAUUUUGACAGUGCUUCGUGUACUUGUUCCGUUCUUGUACGAUCAUUGACUUUGCCGAAUUUGCAGCAACUUUGGCGACAUCUGCCGGCAUUUAUCUUCCACCUAGACUUCCGCCGAUACUUUUCCACGUUUGUACUAUUAUCUACUGUAUUUACACGUAUUUUCAAAACUGCAUAACCUUGAUAACCUUUGAAAAUUCACACGUUCGACCACUAGCAUUCGUCUUUUGCGUGUCAACUUCUACCUGACAGGUUUUGUUACUGGCAACGGUGGUCCAACGUUUCCGUGUAGAAAUCACGGCUGCACGAUGCGAAUCACGACGACUAACGUUGAAAUUUAUAUAGCCAGCUCUUAGACUAAAACAGACGCUUGUCAUUAAAUAAAUAGAGAAACGUUAACGAACGAAAUGCGACAACUCUAUUUAAAAAUACUUUGUUCGAAGAGGAUGCGCGCUGCAUUCGAAAAGAGUUAUCGGUAGCCGUUUAUUUGUACAUACAUUAGCGAAAAAUGAUACAAAGGAAAGGAGAUUUUUAUAUCGUGUAAAUUAGCGCGUUGAAAUGAUGUUUACGCGUCCAAUCGUAUGACACGCGCGCCGAUUCCGGCCUGGCGCCUGCUACUGCGCUUGCGCCUGAACUUGUGUCUGCGCGCGCAUUUACGCCUGCGCCCGUGCCCGCAUUCGCGCGCUUCGACGUGUCGCCGAUUAGCCAGGAACUCUAUUGUUCGAUUCGACUCGUGUAAAAAAUUUCCUAGAUUAUUCUUUCGACAGAUUCUCUCGACGCGUAAACACGUGUCAGUUAUGCCUUGUUAUUUCUUAUCACAGAUGCCUUUCGUACUCUCGGUAUACACGCAUCUGUACUCGUAGAUUGUUACGCGUUUUGCGAUUAAUUGGCACGGAGCAAUUUGACAAGCUCUCGUCGAAUUAUCAAGUAUGUAUACCUAGAUUAAAUCACGGUCAAAAUCACUGGAAAAUUUGAUCCUCCUUGGAAUGUGAUUUGCUUGCAUUCGUUGCGAUCGUUUGUCGCGGGUACACAACGAUCAACGUGAAGUAAACGCGCGAAAAACGAUUAAACGAUUCGAUGCCAUCGAACGAAUUAAAUUUAUGAUUUAAUCGGAAAAAUAUUGUGCCAGCAUUUAUUCGACGACGAAAUGUGCAACGAGAUGGGCAUUUAUCUCGGUACUCGGGCACAUUGGAAGAACAAACGUACAACCGAGAGUAGUGGACGUUAUCAAAACUGAAGUUAAAUCGUUGUAGUGUACUUACAGCCGAUGCUAACGGUACUACAAUUAUUAUGAUCAUUAUCAUUCUUACUAUCGACGAUUCUUCUGUAAUCUACGGCUAAUUAGAUUAGGAUGAUCGAGAAAAGAUCUCUUUUUGCUCCGACGGCAGUAUUCUUACAUCGACCACGAUUUCCACUUCUCUUUUCCAUCUUAUUUUAUUUACUUUUUGUAUCUUUCUUUUAUUUCAAUUUAUUUUAUGCCUUCUUAUAGCCAUAAGCGACGUAUCUGCGCGCAGACACAUACAUGCAUACACGUAAACGCAUACACGUAUAUACAUACAUAUACAGAUCGAUACAUAUACACGGAAAAAAACAAGUACCUAACAGUUAGUAGACGUAUAUACAAGUCCCAUACUUUUGGGCCUUCUCUUCGUUCUCUUAUCUCACUUGACCUCGAUUGUGUUAUCAUAAUUUUAAUUACAGACUAAACAGAAGAUCUUUUACUCUACCUAGUGUUUUACUCGAUUAAACUUCUAUGCAAUUGUUGUUCUCUCGUUAAUAAAAAGUCCGACAAAGAAAAAAAGCUAUUACGGUCUAGAACGUAUACCCAAACUGAAUUUCCUUCUCGAGAUAUCGAUGCACGGAGAUGUUUCAUUGUCAUUCGUUCAUGUAGUACGUUUCAUCGAGCAUUCUUUUCGCCGAUUUAUUGAGAAUCUGUACGUAUACUCGAAACAAGAUUCUAAACACAGUCACGAUGCAAACAAUGUCUUCGCAUACAUUGUUCUUGUAUGAUUGUUAACAACGUAUGCAUUUUCUAUAAAAGCAAUCCUCAUGCACGCCCGCAACACGCAUUUUCACAUAGCAUUGUCAUUGUACCAUGAGCGAAUACUUUUUGUAAAUAAACAAUAUGCUAAUGUUGGUACUUUGUCUCCUUGAUCUAAGGAUUCGUAAGCCAAUUUCGUUCCGUUCAAAUAUAUCAUCGAUCGAAUCACGGAUUUGACUGACGCGAACUCCUUAUCGAUCGAUACAUCCAAACGAUGCCAUUGAUAUAUUUUUUACGCGAUAACUUCGGUACGUUAAUACGACCUUACGAUAUUUUUGUAUUUAUUUUCGCUUCCUAAUCAAUACGUUCGGUUCACGUCGCCAUCGUUCGCAAAACUGCCUAAAUUCUAUGAUCUUGUUUCAUUCAUUCAUAUUGUAUGAUAUACAGACAACACGUAUAUGUAUACAUGUACAUUCGCAUACAUUCGCAGAUGCUUAAACGAUACGUUAUAUGAUAUAAUACAGUUUUUGACGAACGAAUUAUUAAAUCAUUUUCCCUA